CAGCUACUCUUUCCCGCUCCGGGCUCCCAGUUCCCGGCUCUACACGCCUGGCCCUGCCUCCUAGACCCCGGGGGGCGGGGCUGGGGAACCUUAAGAUGCUCUGGCCCGCGAGCGGAUCUGGACGGGCGGAAGUCGGCCGGGUGGGACGCGGAGGGGUGGGCGUGCGAAGCCGUUUCCGGUGGCUCGCUCGUUGGCGGGUCCCUGACGCGCCCAGGCUGGGUGAGUCGGCGCAGUUGCUUUUCUUGUCAGGGCGAGGGGCGCCCGCCUCUCCCCUAGAAGAGAUGGAAGGCGCGGGCGGCUCCGUGCUGUUGUGAGUGCCUGGCGGGGGACUUGGUCCCAGCGGAUUCGAGGCGAAUAGUCCGAGAACCACAGCUCUUCCUAGCCUGCUCCCGAGCUCCAGUGUUGGGCCUGAGUAAGGCUGCUUCCCUCCAGGUGUCUGAGUCAAGACAAGUGGACCACACCCUCAAGAUCUCAUGGAGGCGGUGACAUUUGGCGAUGUGGCUGUGCACUUCUCUCAAGAGGAGUGGCAAUGUCUGGAUUCUGGUCAGAGGGCCCUCUACAGGGAGGUGAUGCUGGAGAACCACAGCAGUGUGGCUGGACUAGCAGGAUUCCUGGUCUUUAAGCCUGAACUGAUCUCCCGGCUGGAGCAAGGACAAGAGCCAUGGGUCCUUGACCUACAGGGAGCAGAAGGGACAGAGGCACCAUGGAUUUGCCAGACAGAUUCUGCUAUUGGAACUGAUCACAAGCAGACCUGUGAGUACAUGGACCUUCUCAAAAGGCAGAUUCCUGACUUUGGAGACAAUCUGGAUUCUAAGGUCUUGUCAGAGAAUUUUCCAAGCAGCCUUGGACUAAGAGUGAGUGGCUCACUCUUCCAGAAGCACCAUUUGAAUAAUGAGACUGUGGCUCCCAAGAACUUCACUGAGGACACUCUUCAGGAGUGCAAGGAGCUUCAGGCCACUGCUCUGAGUUAUCAGCCUGAUGAGCAGAGUGUGAAGUGGACAUCAGAGAACUGUGAAGUGUGUGGCAGAGUAUUUAGAUCACCUUUGAACCUGGGUCCAUGUCUGGAAGUCAAUGUGCGGGAAAAACCAUACAGAUGUCAGGCGUGCCAAAACACACUUUCUGACUGCUCACAGGAGAAAUACACAAGUCGCUGCCAUGGGAAGAAGCCUUAUGAAUGUGAGGAGUGUGGGAAGGGCUUCAGGCUGUGUUCACAGCUCAGUCAGCACCAGAGAAUCCACACUGGAGAGAAACCAUUCAAAUGUGAUGAUUGUGGGAAAGCUUUUCGUCUGAGCUCAAAACUUAUUCAGCAUCAAAGAAUUCAUACCGGAGAGAAGCCUUACAGGUGUGAGGAGUGUGGGAAAACCUUUGGUCAGAGCUCAAGCCUCAUCCAUCACCAGAGAAUCCACACAGGAGAAAGGCCAUACAGUUGUCAAGAGUGCGGGAAAGCCUUCAGCCAGCAGUCACAGCUGGUCAGACAUCAGAGGACUCACACCGGAGAGAGGCCCUACCUCUGCCAGGAGUGUGGCAAGGCCUUCACGCAGAGCUCAACUCUAGCCCAGCAUCAAAGGAUGCAUGCUGAGGAGAAAUCUCAAAUGCCAAGAGCUUCAGAGAACCCAAGCCUUACUGCUCACCAGGGAAAUAACACUGCAGAGAGGCCAUUCAAGUGCAAGGAGUGUGGGAAAGCUUUCAGGUGGGUCUCUCGCCUGAGUCAGCACCGGCUGACCCAUACCGGGGAGAAACCUUACAAAUGCAACAAGUGCACGAAAGCCUUUGGCUGUAGCUCGCGACUGAUUCGCCACCAGAGAACUCACACGGGAGAAAAACCGUUCAAAUGCGAUGAGUGUGGGAAGGGCUUCGUCCAGGGCUCGCACCUCAUUCAGCAUCAGCGGAUCCACACGGGAGAGAAGCCCUACGCGUGCACCGAAUGUGGGAAGGCCUUCAGCCAGAGCUCCAGCCUCAUUUACCACCAGCGGAUCCACAAGGGGGAGAAGCCCUACAAGUGCAGCCAGUGUGGGAAGGCCUUCAGCAUGAGCACGCAGCUCACCAUCCACCAGAGGGUGCACACUGGCGAGAGGCCCUACCAGUGCAGCGAGUGCGGGAAAGCCUUCAGUCAGAACUCCACCCUUUUCCAGCACCAGAUCAUUCACGCCGGAGUCAAGCCCUAUGAGUGCAGUGAGUGUGGAAAGGCCUUCAGCCGGAGCUCGUACCUUAUUGAACACCAGAGAAUACACACGAGGGCCCAGUGGUACUGUGAAUUUGAAAACACCACUGAAAGUUCCACCACCUUGAACCACAAGAAAGUGAACCCUGUGAAGAAAUUGCACCAGUGUGAUGACUGUGAGAAGAUAUUCAGGUGGCGUUCACAUCUGAUUAUACACCAGAGGGUUCACACGGGAGAGAAGCCUUACAAAUGCAACGCUUGCGGCAAAGCCUUUAACCGGAGCUCAAGGCUCACUCAGCACCAAAAAACCCACAUGGGAUAAAUCACUUACCUAGAUGUCCCAGUUGUUUCUCUACUGCUGCGAUGACACCAUGCCCAAGGCAACUUGUGAAAGUUUCUUUGGGGCUUAGAGUCUUAGAGAGCAUUCACGGCAUCAUGGCGAGGGGCGUGGCGGCAGGCAGGGAGACAUGGUGUUAGACAGUAGCUGAGAGCUCACAUCCGAGGACAGCCAGUUACUAGGCAGAGAGAACUAACUGGAAAUGCCAAGAGUCUGUAAAACCUUAAAAGCUUGUGCUGGAGAGAUGGCUCAGAGGUUAAGAGCACUGGCUGCUCUUCCAGAGGUCAUGAGUUCAAUUCCUGGCAACCACAUGGUGGCUCCCAACCAUCUAUAGUGAGAUCUGGGGCCCUCUUCUGACAUGCAGGUAUACACUGACAUGCAGACAGAACAUUGUAUACAUAAUAAAAAUAAAUUAAAACAAGAAAAAAUUUAAAAAAAUCUUAAAAGCUCAUCCUGUGACACACCUUCUUCAAGGCUAUCCCUCCUAAUAAUUCCCAAACAAUUCCACUAACUGAGGACCAAGUACUCACACACAUGAGCCCAUGCAGAUUAUUCUGUAUACAUAAGCCAGAAGCCUUAUUUUAUUGGGGUAAUUUAUGCUAACAGGAACUUGAGAAUGCUAGAAAAGAUUGACUUGUUCUUAAAGAAUAUUCUACUUAUGAAAAUAUUUUGUUUCUGGAAUGUUUGACAUUUAUCCAUUAAAUAAAGUAUGUGUCAAGGCAUAGUCUAUGCUUUGAACUCAUAGGGUGGGUUUCUGUCCUACAGAUGAGAAACUGGUAUCAGGAAAGCCUUGUGAGCCCUAAGCAACAGCUUAAGUGAAGCCACCAAAUCCAGGCCUGCUAGUACGUACUUGCAAUCCCGGAACUCCGACAGAUGCAGAAACUCAUCUAGACUGUGUCUAAAAAGUCAAAAAAAUAAAUAAAAGUCAGGUGCAUGUUUUUAAUUCCAGCACUUGGGAGGCAGAGACAAAAAACAAAAAAGAAAAAAAACCUGGAGACAUAGCUGUGUAGGAUUUAAUCCUAAGAGCAUCUUUUCUGUUGGUCCAUUUCAGAACUAGAGACUUCUGUUUAAUAGUGCUAAUCUCUUUAGCAAUUACUGCCUCUUCAUCACAUGACUGACUGCACUCAGGAAAAGAGCUCCCUCACGCUCUUUUCUUCUCCAAACUACAUUUUUCAUUUCUAUCUGCCCAGCUUUUUGCUUAAAAUUUUUUUUUUUAUUGUAGGUUCCCAUAAGAGUAAUUAAUAGGGCUGGAGAGAUGGCUCAGCAGUUAAGAGCACUGCUUCCUCCUCCAGAGGUCCUGAGUUCAAUUCCCAGCAACCACAUGGUGGCUCACACCCAUCUGUAAUAUGAUCUAAUGCCCUCUUCUGGUGUGCAGGUGUGCAUGAAGAUAGAGCACCCAUGUACAUUUAACUAAAUAAAUGAACAAAUAAAAAUUUAAAAAGUAAUAAUAGCCAUGCCACAGGCUCAACACUAUGCUGUCUUGAAAAUUCCUCCAACCAAAAAAUUAAUCCAUUACUUAAAAAUUGUGUGAAGCCAGGCACAGUGGCACAUGUCUGUAAUCCCAGCACUCUGGGAGGUUGAGGCAGGCUGAUCUCUAUGAGUUCAAAGCCAGCCUGGUCUACAAAGUGAGUCCAGGGCAGCCAAGGCUGCACAGAAAAAGCCUCCCUUGAAAAACAGAAACGGGCUGGAGAGAUGGCUCAGAGGUUAAGAACUCUGGCUGUUCUUCCAAAGGUCCUGAGUUCAAUUCGCAGCAACCACCUGGUGGCUCAUCUCAUCUAUAGUGAGAUCUGGUGCCCUCUUCUGGCCUGCAGGCACACAUGUAGGCAGAAUGCUGUGUAAGUAGUAAAUAAAAUAGAAAAAUAAAAACAAAGAAGUUCAAGAUCUCUAGAACCUGAGAGUAAAUGGUACACUUGUUUUGAAGUAUAUUUUUGGCAAAUGAAGUUAGCAGAAUGCUUACAAGAAAGUGGAAGGCAGUGGUGGUGUGGUGCCUGCCUUUAAUCCCAGCACUUGGGAAGCUGAGGCAGGCGGAUAUCUGAGUUCAAGGUCAGCCUGGUUUAGGGCUAUCCAAAGAAACCCUGUCUCUAAAUAAAUAAAGAAAAAAAAAGUGGAGACAGAUCAGAGUGCUACACAGAGAAACCCUGUCUCAAAUAAAUAAACAAAUGAAAGAAAAAGUGGAGACAGAUUAGAGUGGAUUGGACAGAUUAGCUAAGGAAUGCCAAGGAUGUUUGGCUACAAGCACCUGCUGGAAGAGGUAGAAGAAUGUUCUCAUCAAUCCUUAUAGCUUCUGGAACCAUUACACUUUUGUUAUGUCAACAAAUGUAUAAUAAAUAUUUUGUUUUGGCUGCUUAGGA